UCCGAGAUAAUAACUAGCUGAAAAUCGUGACACCUGUUUGUUGAAAACUUGGAUUUCGAUAAUUACAAGUGAUAUUCUUGUGGUACAGUAGUGGAGUAAAUUCUUUCCGUAUUGUUUUCUGAGUAGAUAAGGAAUACGAGGAACUGUUUUCCAGUCGCAUUACUUUGAGUUUUACUCGCCAACUUCAUUCUGCAUUAUGAGGUGUUUCAAAAGAGAGUAGAACAUUAGUAGCACUAUUCAACAACUGAUUUCGGCGAGCUCCGAAUAUAGUGGGGAGGGAAAGCUGUUUAAACGCAAACUGACAAGAAGUCUUCGCAACGACCGUGAAGAGUAGUGGGCGGAGAAAGCAUCAGUGGUAGGUAGCACCAAACAACUAUAUAGACUUAUCAGGGAAACAGUUGGCAAAAGGCAAAUGACAAGUGAGACAAUCUUCGAGACCAAUGGGCUCCAUAAUUAGCUCAGGAUAGACGACUGGAACGUUUGAAAGAAAAUUUCAAGGACUAGUUGAACUGAUUUACAGUGACGCCUAACUUAAUGAGCACGCAGCACCUGAAUGGGAUAUAAACACCUGUCUUCGGUCCCUAACUGAUGUUAGAAGAGCCGUCACUGGUCUGAAACCAGGCAUGGCAGCGGGACCUGAUAGAAUAACUCCAAAGGUGUUUGGGGACGUUGGAGACAGUUUACUGUCUACGUUAACUAAGGUAUUAAGCAAUGUCUGAGAGCAAAGUUAGUGUCAUAGACAAAACCAAGGUCUUUCAUGAUGUGACCAUUAAGAGCCAAUCAGAUACAGUUGCCGGAUGAUGAGGAUGAUAGUGCUGUUCCUGCUAAACCAGUAUCUCAUACUGAUAUAAACUUAAAAGCACGUACUGCAGCACUUUUAGCCGAAGAAGCUUCUGUAAAUGAGGCUAGGCGACGUUCUGGAAAUCAAGAUCCAGAUUCGAAUAACACUGCACGACUAAAAAUCAGCUCUGGAGAUUCUGCAAAUGGUGGAGUAGAAAUACUAAGCAAGAAAAAAUUAAAGCGUCUUAAUCGUCCAAGUGUUGCUGCACUUAAACAAAUGGUAGCUCGUCCUGAUGUCAUUGAAAUGUGGGAUGUUUGUGCUAAAGAUCCACUUUUACUAGCCUAUUUAAAAGCUUAUCGUAAUACUGUACCAGUUCCUAAACAUUGGUGUGCUAAACGAAAGUAUUUACAAGGGAAACGUGGUUUUGAGAAACCUCCAUUUCGUUUACCGGAGUUCAUUGCUCGCACAGGAAUAAUGGAAAUGAGACAGACUGUACAAGAUAAGGAUGCGGAUAAAACACUGAAAACUAAAAUGCGAGAGAAAAUUCGACCCAAGGUGGGAAAAGUGGAUAUCGAUUAUCACAAAUUGCAUGAUGCCUUCUUUAAAUAUCAAACAAAGCCUAAAUUAUCAAUUCAUGGAGAUCUUUACUAUGAAGGCAAAGAAUUCGAAGUAAAAUUAAAAGAAAAGAAACCUGGUAAUAUGUCAGAUGAAUUACGAAAUGCUCUUGGCCUACCGUCUGGUUCUGGUGCUGAACGAUAUCCUCCACCAUGGCUAAUAGCUAUGCAACGAUAUGGUCCACCACCAUCUUAUCCAAAUUUAAAAAUCCCUGGAUUGAAUGCACCUAUACCAGAUGGCUGUGCAUUUGGUUAUCAUCCUGGUGGAUGGGGUAAACCUCCAGUUGAUGAGCUUGGACGUCCUGUUUACGGUGAUGUAUUCGGUAAUGGUGGAAAUAUGGCUGGUGUACCACCGCCACCACCUCCACCGUCCACUUUUGAAGAUGCUGAUGAACAGAUUGCUCAUGGAAAUAUCACCUAUUGGGGUGAACUGGAAUCCGACGAAGAGUCUGAAGGUGAAGAAGAUGAUGAUCAAGAUAUGGAUACAGAUGGUGAGGACGGCGACGAAGCGGAUCAAGCUGCAGCUGCACUCGCCGAGAGUGAAACACAAAAAAUGCUUUCCACAAUUCCACGACAAGUGGAUGCUAGUGGUUUGAUUACACCUGCUGGAGGAUUGAUAACACCUAGUGGUGUGUCCAGUGUUGGUGCUGGCUUGGAGACACCACAAAGUAUGAUUGAAUUACGUAAGAAGACUAUAGAAGAAGCAAUGGAGGAUAGUACUGGCUUGGUGACACCAUCUACACAAUUAUAUCGUAUCCUACCAGAAACUGAAACUAAUCUACAACCGAAUGCACUUAUGGGUAGUACUAAAUUAUAUGAUGUUGCCGGGGUUACUGGAGCUCCACGUGGAAUUGAAGCUGAAGAUCCACGAGAACUUAUGCUACGUAAGCGUAUAUCAGGUACAGAGUCUCAACAAAGUAGUGGUGUUAAAUCUGGUGGAGGUAGUAUCGCUGGCGGGAUUAUCUCCGAUUCAUCUGGUACUUCAGCAUCUAAGAAAUAUAAAGAAUUCAAAUUUUAAACAGGAUAUUUAUUUGUUUCACUUCAAAGCGCGCGCGCGCGCACACACGCACACACACCCAUACAUACACCCAUAUAUAUUCACGAAAUCCUUCUUUGUGUGCACUCGCUGUGUGUGUAUGUGUGUGUGUGUUUGUCUUCAUCAUUUGAGUAGCACUCCUACAGAAAUAAAUACAAUACACCUGUUGAAGUAAUAAACGUUAUUGUUAUUCAUUAACUACUUGCUUAAUUUGUAAAUAUCUAUAAAACAUUUUAAAACUUUUGUGGUAGUUCUAAUUUGCAUAUCUCUGUUACAUUUCAAGAGUGAGUAUUCUUGAUUCGUCUUUGUCGUCACGUUAUCCUUCUACGUGAGAGAAAUAAACAGGACAUAGAUUAUUGUAUCACCAUUCUUGAUGGUAGGUGUUCAUCUAAGGAGUAAAUUGAUUUUCAAGGAUAGAUAUCAGUUAGCGAACUACUGGAAACUAAUAGGGAUUACUUGGAAAGCUGUUUCGUCGUCAUGGUGCAUGGGACUCCUCAGCAGCAGCCGCAAUUCUAACCCCAGGACGUGAUUAUAAUAAGGCGAGCUGGUAUAGACCAUUCAACCACUGGAAGCGCUGAUCCAAUGAACAGAGUUUGAUGAAUUUCAACUUGUACCAAUUAGGAAAAAAUAAUAGCGUGACUAUCUAAUCAUUAUCAUCGAUGAGUAUUAGUCUUCACAACCGACCUGGUGUAUUACUACUUCUGAUGAAGAAUAUAGAGGACUUGAAGUUUUUGAGCUUUGAAGCUGUGAUAUCGGUAGUGAGCCUCAUGCCCAAGCUUCCACUAAACCUGGCUUACUACUACAGGCUAAGUGAAGUUAAGGAGUGUCUUAGAAGCCGGGAGGUAUCCAACGCGGAUCUACUCGAACUCGUACGACCAGGUGAGGGCUUACGGCGAGUUGUCAUCUGAAGUGGUGACGACUAGUGGUGUCCGUCAGGGAUACCCAUUAUCCCCGUUUCUGUUUAAUUUCAUCAUAGAUGUACUA